CGCUGCGUGUGCGCCACUCCGCGCCGAACCUCCGCGCGCGACUCACGUGUCGCGACGCUUGCAGUACCGAGCGCGAACGACCCGCGCCUGUGCGAUCUCACUUACGGAUUACUGUGUGAUGUGCUAUGGAAAUUGUUUUGUGAUUGCCCUCAAGGGCUUGAAUUGAAUUUUCAGUGUCAAGUAAAUUCAUUUCGUCGCUUGGAUCUGUCUCUACAGCAUGUUGAAGCACGUGGCGGUGUCCCCGCACCGACAGCGCGCGGACUCCGUCAGCCUGGCGUCGUCGGCCUCCUGCUGCAGCCUCGGCAGCCUCGAGCACCGCCACGACUCCGUCACCGACCUCUCGCACCGCACGACCACAAUAAAAGUGUUCGCGCGGUGUCUCCGUCCGGACAUCGAGUACAAGACGCUAUCCGUCACGUGGGGGACGCGAGCCCGUGAAGUUGUGUCUACCCUGCUGGGCAAGUUCCGUAUGCGACACCGGGACCCGCGACUGUUCUACCUGAGCAUGGAGGUGCGCGUGCGCGCCGCUGGCUUGCGCACGACUCUUGUGCUUGAUGAUGACGCGCGCCCCGCCGCGCUGCAGGCCUGCCAUCCUAAAGGGUACUCUAAGUUUUCCCUCCAAAUGCGUCCAGGGGGUUUGGUGAAGAUCUACGACUCGGCGCUGAUGUCGUCGUCGCAGUACAAGUGCCUGUUGACCAGCGAGCGCACGACCGCGGACGAGCUACUCGCAAUACUGUUGCAUUGCUAUGACUCCAACGAAGGCGUUGAGAGGUUCUCGCUCUAUGAGGUUUGUCCAUCUCAAGAGUACGAGCGCAAGUUGCACCCGGACGACCUGCCGCUGCUGGUGCAGCGCUCCUGGCCGCAGGACACCGACUGCCACUUCCGCGUGCGCCGCAACCCCCGCGCGCCCCCGCUGCCCCCUCGCGCCCUCCCCGCCCCCCUGCAGGAGGAAGACGAGCCCUCCCGCGCCCUCUCCGCGCUCUCCCUCGAGUCCGACCCUGACAACCGCCGGUACAGCCCCGUCUACAAGUUCCCCAGCAUCAGCUAUUGUCGCGAAACGAAAAACGACUACCUCUACAUCUGACUAGCACUCCGUCUGGCCAGGUUCGGCACCAAGUGGUGGACUCUCGAGGCACGCAAGCGCAGGCGGACCCGCAGACGACUCAUGUGAAGUGACAGUGUAUAUACUAGUGUAUAAAGUGUACAUACGGACCUGUUGGGAGUAAACUCUUAAGAAGUGUGAAACCAAAGAGAUGUUGCAAUACGACGCCUUCUUAGGAUGAGAAAACUAUUGUAGCGAUAAGAUAUAUUCGGCAGUCUACUAUGUUGUUAGGUUUCAUUAUUGUCUAGUCUUACCAGUGUCUCAGAUUCAGCCGACUCCGGUCGACACCAAAUUGCAACUGUUUGUAACUAAAUCUGGAUGUGAAAAUGUAUAUAUUAUAGUUAUAUUGCUAGCUAGUAGAACCAAAGAGGCAGGCGAGGAAAGUAUAUGAGAAGAGUUAUUUAUCUGUUACGCGUUGUAAUGUUUAAUUUAUUUAUAAAGGCGAGGAUGCCCCGAAUGUUACACGUCAUCGAAUUUACUGAAAUAUGCCCUCAAUAAACUGCAAUGUUUUUCAUAACAAA